AAAAAAUGUUCCUGGUCCAGAUGGUCGCUCAACACAGGGUAAUAGCUGAAAAUAAAAAAACAGACGCUGUAUCAUUGUAGGAGAAACAGGCUGCUUGGAAUAAAAUUCAAUGUUCCUAUUGUAGCCAGGGCUUUCCAACUAAAAGUGUGAAACAAUUAAAAAAGUGUUGGGACAAUAUAAAACAGAAGUAAGUAUAACGAUAUUGUUCUAUGAACAAAUAUGCAGUACAGCUGUGUCUGGAAUGUUUUAGAAAAAGGCAGCAGAAUACAUUAGCCCGACAAAACAGGUUGUUAACGGGAGGUGGUUCUCCUAAGGAGGUCAUUACUGAUCUCGUUACGGAUUUUGCGGGGAGUGCUUUUCCAGCAAUAGAUGUUGAGUUGGGGAACGACUGGGACAGCACAGCUGUUUUCGAAAAAAAAAAUUUGUUAAGCCCGUUAGCUACAAAGGGCAAUGAUGCAGUGAUGGAUAACCGAACCCCACUGUCCCCACUGAAUGAUGAAAGCAGCCAGUCAGAGGAUGAAGCUGUGCUACCAUGUCAGCCUUCAGCAGGUGCAUCUAUGAAGGUUGUGCCUGAACAGCUCACUCCAGCACCCAUUGAUCAAAAAGCACUCCAUCCGUCUAACAGGCGAAUGCGAUCCAAGCGCACAUGUAGCUGUAUCGACGAGUUAAUUCAGCUGCAAAUUAAAAAAGUCAGAGACGGCAUUGACCAGCAACGGGAGUUGCACGAAAAGCGGAUGGAAGCCGCGAACGCUGAAGCCAGAUUAGCUAUGGUUCGUCUGCUCCAGGCGGAAGAAGAGCUUCGCGAUUCCCAAGAUAAAUAG